AUGGCUCCCGCGCUCACAGUCGAUACGCCCUCGUCUGCUCCACUGGCCGAGUUCUUCUGGAUAGCCGGCGUGGACGGCUCAGAGAUCCUGGACAUAUACUCGAAGCUCGGGGAGGAAUACAAGGCGUCCCGGUCGCCUGCGCCGCCGGUCACAGAUACCAUCGAGGAGGACGCAGACGCAGAGGUCGAGGAGGAGAGCCUGUCGACAGGCACCUCGCCGGCCGUCUCGAACAGAAACUCCGUCCAGUUCCCCAAGACCGGCGACGAGGCGCGGCUCUCCUUCCGCUCCUCGACCUUUGAGCCGGCCUCCUCGAGCGCUGCAGAGCCCCAUAGCAACAGGAGCAGUCUGACCAUCAAAGCUGCUUCCAGUACGAACGGAGCCAGCACAGGAAGCUCGUUUCUCAGCGAGGCCGACUUUGACGACGCCCUUCGCAAGUUCGCCUCCGAGCGAGACUCCUUCUUGACGGACCUGACUCUCAGUGCCGGGGCCGUGGUGCCAAACAGACCCAAGCCUCGACCGAGGACACAGAAGAUCGUCGCCGAAGAUGUCAAUUCGUUAAAGUCCAGCAUUGGGACCGUCCGAAGGCACAUGUCCUUUAGAGACAUGAGCAGCAUGAAAAGACAGCCCUCCAUUGCACGGCAAUGUUCGUCUCCCUCUCCCCAUCACCCCCUUUUCUUUUUGCUCACCAGGUCCUAUUUUUUCUACUACGUACAGCUAACAUGGUUACUUCUAGCUUCGGUUCGAACAUCCAGACGCCUAAGCAACUACAAUUCAGUCAUUCCAGUACCCCAGCCGCUCGAGAUGCCUGCAAACAUGCACCCGCUGAAACGGAAAUUCGAACCAGUCCUUCUCGAUAGAUACCCGCCCAAGGGUGCCCCCAACGAAAACCAACGGAGAGGGAAGUUCCCAGACUACAUCCCCAUGUUCGCCUUCCCCAACGACAUAAACAUCGUCUCUUCUGACCAGCGGCCGAGGUCAACCUGGCAUGGCUUUGCAAUGACUGGUGGUGAUGGGUCUAAGCUCCACGGGGUCUGUGUGACCGUGUGGAUUCCCUUGAACCAUAAUGCCGCAGACGAGCUGGAGAAGAGAUGCGAGGAAUGGAGAAGAGAUAACAUGACUAACGAGGAGAGAGAGCUCGCCGCCAGUCUAGGCGAACGGCUCGGCCUUGAACGUGCUAAGCUUUCUCGGCUGCUCGCUCAGCUCCCUACUGUCCCCUCUGGGUCUGCUUCCCGAGAGAACCUUGAGGAUGAAAUAAGCGCCGUUGAGGAGAAGAUUGGAUUGAUGGCUGACCUUUUGCGCCCCGUUCGCCACGGUGCCGCCUCCAAGAUCGACGGGUUAACCGACGGAGAUACCGGGUUUUGGAUACCUCGGGCUUACGGAAUUCUUGGAAAGGAUGCCUCCAUGGUGACGUUUUGGAAAGAGUGGCUCAAAGCCGUCACAGUGCCCAUGAUGGACGGCGCUAUCUUGAGGGUUCCCCCGACUUCUCCCAGGGUAGGCAGAUGGCAGCCCCUUGAGAGAUACGUGGUAAACCUGUGCAUGGAGGCCUUCAGCCCCAUAUCUUCCAAAACACAGGUGGAACUCUCAAUCCGCGAAUUGCGGCUCUUUGCUAGAAAGGAAGCUCUUAACGAACUCCCCGGAUCUCGAAAUACUGAUCUAUACCCCCUAUUCCGCGCUCUCUCAGUUUCAAAUAUUAUCAUAUUAUUCGAGUAUGCUCUCGCCGAAUCGAGAAUAAUAUUCCUAUCAUCCUACAUCUCUAUGUUAAAUCUCGCAAGUAAAGCACUGAUAGAACUCCUAUUCCCUUUCCAGUGGACUGGCGUUUUUAUACCCAUUCUUCCGGCUCGGCUUAUCCAAGCUAUCGAAGCACCCUGCCCUUAUAUCGUCGGCAUCGAAAGACGAUAUGAAAAUAUCGAAUUUCCUGCAGACGACUUUGUUCUCGUUGAUCUCGACCAGGAUCUCAUCGAAAGCACAUCUCGUCCCACCCCUCUCCCUCGCCAUCAACGCCGAAAACUCCAAUCCUUGCUGCAAGCUGCUGCUCCUCUUCACCAUCGCUACGGUGUUAGCGCUGGGCCACCUGCAUAUGCCAUGGAGACCUUCCCGUACGAUUGUGUCCCCGCAGAGAUCCCAUCAAUAUACUCUCCAAAGGCGCCAUCUACAAACUUACCCAAAUUCGUUGCUUUAAACUCUGCAUCUUUUGGACAGCAAUCAUCCGUUAACCCUGCUCCUAUCUACAAUACCUUCCUGUGCUCCAAAGGCGACGCUUCCCUCUCAAGAGGCAAUGAACGACCCUCUACCAGCUCUACCUCAAAGAACAGUAACCCGUCCUCACCCAGAACCGCCUCGCCAACCUCUAUUAAAUUCCCGCACCCAUCUACUCCAAUCUCUCGGAACGAUUCCGGGUUUGCAUUGCAGGCAUCCCUUCGUGAAAAGCGAUCGGGCCACUUUGACCAGGCUUCCCGCAGGAGCUCGUCACUAGCCAUCGAUCGACGGCAGAUACCCAGGAGACCCAGCGUUCCUUUCCUCGGUCAUUCCUCAAAUCUCUCGGUAACUACAUUAAAUACGGAUGCGGGAACUUCCGUAUACGCACCGUCGAUAUAUGCACAAUCCACAAUCGCUGCCUCAACAAUAAUGCCUCAACAUUUCCAACCUAUACGGAGCCCAGCUGGAUCCACUAUGAUAGAAGGUCAUUGUUUGCAAUUAUUACGGCCUGUGGAUGAAAGAUCGACAUGUGACAUUUGUGAUGAAAGAGCAGACGAGGCAACCUAUAGGUGCACCGGUUGCACAACCAUUGUACACCACCGCUGUGCUGGGCAGAUUUGUCUGGUGUGCCCUGUUGCAUUCCAUCCAGAUCAGAUCCGCGCUGCCUUCGUACGAUGCUUUGCGAGUUUACUGUAUACCUACAAGAAAUUCCUCAGGCCUGCCACUGGAGACAAGAAGAAGAACGGCCUUACUUACGAUUUCCAAAUGGAAGCUUUCCUCAAGAGUUUACCACACGAACAUGCAGCAUACAUGACAGUCCUGCAGCAAACUCAAGGCUUCAACGAAUUUAUCAGCGAACGGGAACGCGCGAAGCAAAAGUCAAAGGACCCACGAAUUAUCCUGUUCGACGAAAUUGUGCUAUCUAAGCGCAACCGCGGUCGCUCAACUUUCUUUUCCGGACGAAUGACUACUGAUUUUUUGAGCGAUACUUCCAAUCAUCUCUGGCGAUCAGCAAGUGCCUCCUCCUUUUCACCAACCACACGGAAGGAGAUACCAACCUCCCUGGAUUGGAAGUCUGUCGUCACUCGAGGUUAG